AGAGAUCACAAAGGCCGGCCAGUCGAGGCGAGGGCUAUCGAGCGAUCGCGGCCGAGGCCGCCAUCGCGGCUCCAGGAGCUGCCAAGGUAAGCGGGAAUUCGUUGAUGCGGCUGCGCGAGUGAUCGAGGACGAUGCCGGCGCUUCUCAAGUACUCGGCGGAGCUCCGCGAUGGAAUCCCGGUGCUCUACGGCUCCAAUGGAUUCCCGUUGAAGUGUUCCAGGUUUGAGCCGGCAGGGCAUUCCUUCCAUGCCGCGGCGCUCAAGCUGCUAGGGCUUGGGGCCGCCAUCGCGGAGGACGACGACGACGACGAUGAAAUAUUGGGCUCCAAGAACGAGUUUGGGGAUUCGUACUAUGCCAAGGGGAAGAAGAAGGUCGGCGGAUCGGAGCAGCAGGAUCACUACGCGCUGCUGGGGCUGAGCCAUCUCCGGUUUCUAGCCAGCGAGGAGCAAAUUCGUAAGGCGUACAGGGAGGUCGCGCUCAAGCACCACCCGGACAAGCAGGCUGCGCUUAUUCUCCUGGAAGAUGGCGAGGACGCUAGAGAGGCCAAGAAGCAGGAGAUUGAUGCCCACUUCAAGGCGAUCCAGGAGGCUUACGAGGUGCUCGUCGAUCCUGUCAAGAGGAGGGCCUACGAUUCCGUGGACGAGUUUGACGACGAGGUUCCAUCGGAUUGCGCGGUCGAGAGUUUCUUCCAGGUUUAUGGGCCGGUGUUCUUGAGGAAUGGACGGUGGUCGGUGAUCCAACCGGUGCCAGAGCUCGGGCAGAUGACCAGCUCGAUGGCGGAGGUGGACAAGUUCUACGAUUUCUGGUUUUCGUUUAAGAGCUGGAGGGAGUUCCCACACGCGGACGAGUUUGAGGUGGAGCAAGCCGAGGGGCGGGAGCACAGGAGGUGGAUGGAGAGGCAGAACCUCAAGCUUCGCGAGAAGGCAAAGAAGGAGGAGUCCGCGAGAGUGAGGACCUUGGUGGAGAAUGCGUACAAACGGGACCCCAGGAUCAUACGUAGACGGGAGGACGAGAAGGCCGCGAAGUUGAUGAAGAAGCAAGCAAAGCUUCUGGCCAAGAAGGAGAAGGAGGACCAGGCGGCCAAGGCUCUGGAGGAGGAGAGGUUGCGGAAGGAGGAGGAGGAGAAGCGUCUAGCGGAGGAAGCGGCGGCGCAGAAAAAGCUCAAGGAGAAGGAGAAGAAGCUGGUCCGAAAGGAGAGGUCGAGGCUGCGGAGUCUUGCGGCCGGGGUGGUGUCCAGCAAGGCGUUUGCAACGAAGGAGGAGGACGUCGAGGCGUUGUGCUCGAAGCUCGACUUGGCGCAGCUGAAAGCUUUGUGCGAGAAGCUGGAAGGCUGCGGUGGAUCCAUGACCGACGUUGGCUCGGCUCUCUCGGCGGCACUGGACGGGGCCGAGGGCGAGAGUAAUGAUCCCGCGGACGAAGAUAAAAAUGCGCAAGCUCCCGUGUUGAUGGAAGAGAAGAAGGAGAAGGAGCGGCCGUGGACGAGGGAAGAAGUCGAUUUGCUCCGCAAGGCGAUGGCCAAGUAUCCGAAAGGAACGUCACAGCGCUGGGAAGUCGUCAGUAACUACAUCGGCACCGGCAGAUCGGUGGAGGAGAUACUCAAGGCGAUCAAGACGGUGCUCCUGCAAAAGCCCGACUCCUCCAAGGCGUUUGAUACGUUCUUGCAAAAGAGGAAGGCGCCGAGCUCCAUAGCUUCGCCGCUGUCCACCAGGGCGGAGGAGGGGACAGAGCUGCCGGGCCAGGAGAAUGGAGCAAGCGCCGCCCGCGUCCCUGAAAGUGGCGAGAAGGAGAAGGAUAAAGAGCCGAGCUUGGCGAACGGGAAGACGAGCGUAGCAGAGGAUGGUGGUGGUGGCGAGCAGGACGCCUGGAGUGAGACGCAAGAGCUAGCGCUCGUCAAGGCUCUCAAGACGUUCCCAAAGGAGACUGCGCAGAGGUGGGAGAGGAUCGCCGCGGCUGUCCCUGGGAAGAGCAAAGCGCAGUGCUUCAAGAAGUUUGCUGCGCUACGCGAGAACUUCCGGUCCAAGAAGUAAGCUUGGUUUCGAGGAUGAUUCUUUGGUUGUGUUUUUAACACCAGAGUCCUACCAUUCUUUGCCUUGUCGGAACAAGGAAGAAUAAGCUCUUUAUAUUUUUGUAGGCCAGACUGGAGAGAAACGUACCGCUUGUAUCGACGACUUUCAAUAGCUAAGUUGGUAUUCAUAUGCU